CGUGGGCCGGCCGACGAAAAUAUCCGGGCCCACGCAAUUUUAUGCGUUUCCUGUAGUGGACACCCUCAGCGCGCCAAGCUCCCACCGCGAUUGGUUCGAAUUACUGGGGGAAGAAGAAGAAAGGGCACGUGGCCGCACUUAUAUGCUUCGAGGAAUACCAGCAUCGCGAGGGUCGCGGGCUCGCCAUGGUUGUUACCAGCGCACGGACCUCGGCAAGUAGUUGGGAGGCUGGAACUGGCACCCCGGGCCCACGAUGUUAGUGAUGGAUCACACGCAUGAGUGGGCGGGGAGUGGCUGACGGCUAGGGUCCACCCACCAGCGACACCAUGAGGCGAGCGCGGCGGGAGAGCGUGGUGCCCAGCGGGCCGGCUGGCGCUGGGGGUUAGUUGGGCCGGCAGGUACCGGAUUCGACCCAUUAGCAACUAAUCCCUUUCUUUUAUCCUGUCUAUUUCAGGUUCCUUUUCUAUUUAAGUUCUUGUUUUGAACUUUCAAGUUUUGUUAAGAUUUAGAUUUCAAACUUAGUAUAAAUGCACAAGCACAAAAAUCCAACAUGUAUGCAAAAGAUUACAUAUAUAUUAUUUUUCUUAGGUGUAUGCUUCAAAUAGUGAAUAUAGCCCCACUAUUCAUUUUAGAUUACUAACCAUCUUUAAAUGUGUAUGUAAAUUAGCAAGGUCAACCAAAUAUGACUACUAGUCACUAAUCUCUACUACUACUUAAGACUAUAGUGUAGGCGUUCACGGUGCACGGUUCUGCCCACCUCCCCCCACAUCCCCGACAUGCUCCCCCUCUGCUCCGCUCCCCAUCGUGCCCUCCUCACCCUCCCAGUUGUGAUCCCCGUCACUCGUAAUCCCCGGAGGGGACGCGCCGGCGCCGGAGCUGACGGGGGCGGAGCUGGCGGCCAUCUUCUGGGUGAUGGCGGACCUCCUCGGCGACCCGGUGUGGCCGCAGCUCCACCCGCGGCCCUACACCGACACGCCGUGGCCGGGACUGCAGUGCGAGCUCGCGCCCGACGACGCGCGCGUGCUCCGCGCCACCCGCCUCCACCUGGGCCCCGACGUCGCCACCUCGCCCUGCAGGCCCAGGGCCAGGCUCGACCCUGCCUUGCUGGGUGGCCUGCCGCACCUCCAGACGCUCUCCAUCUUCGGUGCCACCCGCGCUGUUCACGUUGUCGUCCUCGCUCGAGCAGAUCGUGCUCAAGUCCAACCCCGGCCUCACCGGCCCCAUACCGGCGAUGUUGGUUCUUAUUUUGGUAAAUAUUGUGUUAUACACACCGAUGGUUACCAAUUGAGUGAUAAAUAUUGUGUUAUCUGAAUAAUCUGCAGAGAGGGGCUUGACUAUGAGGUUAGGGAAGAAUGACAGCUACUACUAUACUAGCAGUGCCUGUUUUACUCUGCAGGUAUCCAGAGUAGUGUUUGAAUCAGUGCAAUCGGUCAGUUUUGACUACUACUACUCUGCCAUUCAUUAGAGCUUCUUGUUGUAUACAAUGUAUGGUUCUUAUUUUGGUAGCAAUAGUGUAAUUUGAGAAAACUUAUAAAGCAACAGUAAGACAUGCCUUUGGUUGAUUAUUCUUUGUGUUUGUAAGUUCGCUAUAAAGAUGGUUCUUUGCAUUUGUUCA